UCUGUUAUAAGUGUUCAGGAGUUUCCAGCAUGAUUGAGUGUAAAACAAUAACCACGUGUCCAUCACAUGAGCUUUGUAUCAUUGAAUCUAAUGACAGAAAUGGUGAAAUGUAUUUCAAUAGUGGAUGUCAGACAAAAUAUGCCUGUGACAUGGUAGCAGGAACUGGAAACAUUUUUGGGAAACGUGAGAUCAACCACACAAGACCAAGUUACUGUAAAAGAUGUUGUGCCGAAGAUUUAUGUAAUACUAAAUGUAGCAUAGAUUUAAAAACGACCCCAUUAGUCACAACCACAAAGACGACAACAUUAGUCACAACACCAAAGACGACUGGUAUUAUUUUUGUUUGGGGUUGGGCUAUUAUGUCUACCUUAUUGUCAUAAGCAAUAUGUAAUCAUGAAAAAAAAAACUAAAAGAUAUCUUAUGGAAUUGUAACCAAGAUAAUGUAUUG